GGCCGGGAGCCUGGGGCCGGCUGUUCCUGUGGCACCGCACCGCUGAGCCCGGGUGCUGGCCCCGAAGGGGUCCCGGCGGCGCUGAGGCAGUGAGCGCGUUAUGUGAAGUGCCCGAGCAGCUGCGGCACCGAGCGAAAUAAAGGCUUCCGCAAUUGCAGGUAAUUCGCGGCACACCUACGGACGUUCGGAGAGCUGCGCCGAGGUCAUACCUUUAAAACAAGACAAUGGAUUGGGGAGCUCUGCAGACCAUCUUAGGCGGUGUAAAUAAACACUCCACCAGCAUUGGCAAGAUAUGGCUCACAGUCCUGUUCAUCUUCCGUAUCAUGAUCCUGGUUGUGGCUGCAGAGAGAGUCUGGGGAGAUGAACAAGAUGACUUUAUCUGCAACACUUUGCAACCUGGUUGCAAGAAUGUUUGCUAUGAUCACUUUUUCCCCAUCUCUCACAUCAGACUCUGGGCCCUGCAGCUGAUCUUCGUUUCUACCCCUGCACUGCUGGUGGCCAUGCAUGUGGCUUACAGGAGGCACGAGAAGAAAAGGCAGUUCAGAAAGGGAGACCAGAAAUGCGAGUAUAAGGACAUUGAAGAGAUCAGAACCCAGAAGUUUCGUAUUGAGGGCACCCUGUGGUGGACGUACACUUGCAGCAUCUUCUUCAGAUUGGUCUUUGAAGCAGUCUUCAUGUAUGCAUUCUAUUUCAUGUAUGAUGGGUUCCGAAUGCCUCGCUUAAUGAAAUGUAGUGCUUGGCCCUGCCCCAACACAGUAGACUGCUUUGUUUCUCGACCUACUGAAAAGACAGUGUUCACUAUUUUCAUGAUUGCUGUGUCCAGCAUUUGCAUUCUUUUAAAUGUGGCUGAAUUAUGUUAUUUACUGACAAAAUUUUUUCUCAGAAGGUCUAGAAAAGCUGGAAAUCAGAAACACCACCCCAACCAUGAGAAUAAAGAAGAAACCAAACAAAAUGAAAUGAAUGAGUUAAUAUCUGAUAGCUGUCAGAACACAGUUAUAGGAUUCACAAGUAGCUAAGGUGGUGUCAGUGCUGGUAUUCACUCUGAAAAGGGUGAAUGUUCUUUGUCUAAUGGCUGCAAAUAAAAUUUGUUAUACUAAACAGCUUCUGUUGGGGAAGAUUUAGAUGUGUAGUGACAGGUGUCAGCUAUGCACCUGUUGAGGAAAAAAAAAAGGCAGCUUAAACAUUUGAAAGUUAUGAGGAUUAAAUAGGAAAUUGUAUUUUCCUACAGAUAUCCUUACAAGGAUGCUCUGACAAAUGCACUAGUGCCUUUGUGUGGUUCCUUGAAAACACUAUGCAACAGCAAUAAGAACAAAAGUCUUUCCAAGCUAGAUGUGCUAAUGUUUCAAACUGUUUUGUAAUAAAGAUAGUUUUUGAUUGUAAACAGAAAAUUAAAGUAUUUUUGUAAAAUCUAAGAUUCCAUGUUACUUAAGGUGUUACAGUAAGCAACUGACUCUGCGCUUUGUUUAAGCAGGCAAUUGCAGAUGAACCCUGCGCUACCAUAUUCAUGGAGAGGAAAUAGCAUCUUUACAGCUUUGCAAGCACUGCUUGAGUCUGGAUGAGUAGCUUGAGGCACCUGCAUCCGCACUGCUGGCUGUGGGGCUGCAUGAAAUCCCCACCACAGGUAGUGUGGAGAACUGGGGUAGCUAGCUUCUGAGGGCAGUGCUGUGCCUAAAAGCAGCAUGGCGAUACAGGUGCAGUCCAAGUAGACCUGCUUUUGACAACUAGCAGACCUAGUAUAAGUAUUCCUGUUAAUCUUUUCAUUGCAUGCUGCCAAUUUUAUAGGAACAUACAUAAUUUUAUGUAAAUACUCCACUUAGCACAUGUUUAUUUCUCUAACGCAUUUGCUGUAUUUGUUUCCUUAUGCUAUAUCACAUCAUUGAACCUUUUGCUUUUGUUAGCUAUUUUUUUUCUUUUGUGGUAGACUGGUGCUGUUAUGAAACUAGGGGCUCUUUGUUCUGGAAGACAUGGGAAAGUAUCUUAAACGCUGGAAAUGGAGAAAGUCUUCUGA